GUAGGUCUAUGUACGUGAGUCCAGAGGUAGCUUAAUAAAGAAAAUUCAUUUACUCGGGGAGUUCUGCCGUUUGUUAGGUCUUCUCCAAGACUGGUCAGAGCAUCAUCAUCAAAGAGGGUCCCGCUCGAUGCAGGGCGUAAGUGCACCAGUGUCUGCCGCUUGUAUGGCAACUGUCGACUGGAGCUUUGACCGCCGGUCAAGAGGAAAGAUGGCGGACGGUAGGAAAGCGAGAGUUGUGCGAGCGCAGUCACUAAUCCUAAUCGCGGUAGCCUGGUCGCAGAGCUGGUGUGAGCGUUGCACGUGGCUCUGCUUUCCGAUAACUUGGAAGGUUCGCCUAGAGAGAUCCGGGGUGCACUAGGUGGAUCUCCAGUUUGAUGAGACCUUGAAUACGAAUGCCGUGC